AUGGUAGCAACUUCAAAACCAUACGAAACCAAGGCUUCUGAUCUGAAGCCCAAGUGGCACGUCGUCGAUGCCGAGGGUCAGACGCUGGGGCGUCUGGCAACCAGAAUCGCGACCAUUCUCAACGGCAAACACAACCCGUUGUACGUCCCACACCUGCUCACCGGAGACUACGUGAUCGUCACCAACGCGGAGAAGAUCCACGUGACCGGCAACAAAGUGGCACAGAAAAUAUACUACCGGCACAGUGGGUACCAUGGCGGGCUGACCGAACGGACACUCGCCGAUAUGCUGGAGAAGCAUCCCGACCGCGUGAUCCGUCAGGCCGUGAAGGGUAUGCUGCCGAAGAACUCGCUCGGAAGAAAGAUGCUGAAACGAAUGAAAGUGUACGUCGGCCCGAAUCAUCCGCACGCUGCGCAGGUGUCAGGCUAA